UUUUAGCCCAUUAACCCAGUCACACAUUCAGUUCAAGCUCAGUUUGCAGCCUUCAGUUUAGAUUUAAGUUUACGAUACAAGUCGAUCGCAACGCAACACAAUGCCCAAAUUUUCACCGAAGCGUUUCAUUAGCGAAGUGAAGCCAAGUGCCCGCGGCGACCACACGCCGAACAUCGCGGGUUUCACCAACUCGAGGACUUUGCGAUCGGUGUACAGUGCAAACGAAAUGGGAUCCACGACUCUCCGGACCAAGGGCAUCGGUGGUCAGCCGCCUCGCGUGUGGAACUCGAACAAACCGAGGGUGGCGAAGGUGGCGAACAAGACGUACAAGGUCUACGCCAAGCAGCAGACUCCGUUGGCGAGCAAGGAGGGAUCCAGGACGAUCAUCCGGCAGUGGGUGGAUCCCCCGUACCCCGUUCCUCGGCCAAAGAAGGAGAGGAACCAGUACGGAGGACCGCCCAACUACGAGUCGUUCUACGUGCCCUUCGGCCAAGAUAAAAGCAGCAAGGCGGCGGGGUCAUCGAAUAAGGCUUUCUUUGUCCCACUGGAGGAUAACCGCGAGCUGCCGCAGCUCCGACUUCAUCAAAAGCACAAGCAGAAGGUCUUGGCAGAAGUGGAUGCCCAGUGGCGGAGGACCGAAGAGGAGAAAAUGGCUAGGAAACUCUGCAAUUUGGGUUUCCAAACGGAGCCGCAUUGCAGAGCUUUCCAGCGAUUGCGGCCGGCGGGAGAGCGGUUCGCCGGUAAGAUUGGGGAGAUGGUCAACCUCAUUGCGGAGGUGAAGUCGCGCCGGCAGAAGGCCGACGCGCAGAUGUCCGUGGAGAACGUGCCACUGCUUCCGCCGCCGCCGCAGUUUGCCGAGGAUGCCAAGGAGUCCAGAAAGCGACUGCUGUUCCAACGCUCGCGCACGGAGACGCUCUUCUCAACGCUGGAUUGCGACUCCUCGCAGUACAAGUACGCCUGCCGUCUGCCCUACGUCCGGGAUCCCGCCCAUCCCGAUGUCAUCCGACCAAGACUGAGCCGAUUCUCCUCCACCUGUCCGAAGUCGCGGAAGAUCUAGGUUGAUUCGAUAGGCAUUCGAUCGCUUAGUUCCCCUCCCUUUAUAUUUUGUUACUUGCGGAACACCGAUGCAAAAAAUGCCCAAUUUAUUGCUUUCCAAUUGCCUUCAAACCUGUGAAUAAUAAAUAUUCCCGAGCGCGUUUAUAAGAAAAUA